GCCGCCGCGAGCCCGGGCGCCGCCAAGGACAAAAGGAGCCAGCGCCGCGCGCCCGCCGCCCCCAUGCUCGGCAUGAAGAAGAGCGAAAUGGGGAGGUUCAACAUCUCCCCGGACGAGGACAGCAGCAGCUACAGCUCCAACAGCGACUUCAGCUACGCCUACCCCACCAAGCAAGCCGCUCUGAAGAGCCAUUAUGCAGAUGUAGAUCCCGAAAACCAGAACUUUCUACUUGAAUCGAAUUUGGGGAAGAAGAAGUAUGAAACAGACUUUCAUCCAGGUACUACUUCCUUUGGAAUGUCAGUAUUUAAUCUGAGCAAUGCGAUUGUGGGCAGUGGAAUCCUUGGGCUUUCUUAUGCCAUGGCUAAUACUGGAAUUGCUCUUUUUAUAAUUCUCUUGACAUUUGUGUCAAUAUUUUCCCUAUAUUCUGUUCAUCUCCUUCUGAAGACUGCCAAUGAAGGAGGGUCGUUAUUAUAUGAACAGUUGGGACAUAAGGCAUUUGGAAUGAUUGGGAAGCUCGCAGCCUCUGGAUCAAUCACCAUGCAGAACAUUGGAGCUAUGUCAAGCUACCUCUUCAUAGUGAAAUAUGAGUUACCUUUGGUGAUCAAGGCAUUAAUGAACAUUGAAGAUACAACUGGAUUGUGGUAUCUGAAUGGUGACUACUUGGUUCUGCUGGUGUCUCUGGUGCUCAUUCUUCCGUUAUCGCUGCUGAGAAAUUUAGGAUAUUUGGGAUAUACCAGUGGCCUGUCCUUGUUGUGUAUGGUAUUCUUUCUGAUUGUGGUCAUUUGCAAGAAAUUUCAGAUUCCCUGCCCAAUGGAAGUUGCUCUGAUGCUGAACGAGACGAUGAAUGGAACCUUAGCUCAGCCUACAGCGUUGAUGGCCUCCGAGGGCUUCAACGGCACUGCCGUUGACUCUUGCAGACCACACUACUUUAUCUUCAACUCACAGACUGUGUACGCGGUACCGAUUCUGACAUUUUCCUUCGUCUGUCACCCUGCCAUUCUGCCCAUCUAUGAAGAGCUGAAAGGCCGCAGCCGGAGAAGAAUGAUGAAUGUGUCCAAGAUUUCAUUUUUUGCCAUGUUUCUCAUGUAUCUGCUGGCUGCCCUCUUUGGAUACCUGACUUUUUACGAACACGUAGAGUCGGAAUUGCUUCAUACCUACUCUUCUGUCGUGGGAACUGAUAUCAUCCUUCUGAUUGUCCGUUUGGCUGUGUUAGUAGCUGUCACCCUCACGGUACCAGUAGUCAUUUUCCCGAUCCGGAGUUCCGUAACUCACCUGUUAUGUGCAGCAAAAGAUUUCAGUUGGUGGCGUCACAGCCUUAUUACAGUGUGUAUCUUGGCGUUUACCAACUUGCUGGUCAUCUUUGUCCCAACUAUCAGGGAUAUCUUCGGUUUCAUCGGUGCAUCUGCAGCUGCUAUGUUGAUUUUUAUUCUCCCCUCUGCCUUCUACAUCAAGUUGGUGAAGAAAGAACCCAUGAAAUCUGUGCAGAAGAUAGGGGCUCUGCUCUUCCUGCUCAGUGGCGUCCUGGUGAUGAUUGGAAGCAUGGCCUUGAUUGUUCUGGACUGGGUGCACGGGGCCCCCGAAGACGGCCACUAAUUAGCACCGCCCACGCUGCAGCCAUCCGCCGCUGCCGGGGCUGAGUGGACGCUCGACUGCGAUGAAAUUUCACCUGAUGUUUUCAGUUUCACUUCCUUUUGAAAUGCAAGCUCCUCGCUGGUUCUUCUGAAUGCAGAAUAAGUGAACUUGUUUUCUUUUUUUCUUUUUUUUUUUUUUAUUCUUUUUUAAAGAAACUUAUCUGUGUGUUAGGAAUGGAUGUUAACAACAAAACCACAAGACUUGGGUUAAGGGAAGUGACAAUUUUAUUCCAUUCCAGAGAAUGGAUGAACUUUUAACUUGUAUCAAGCCACAUGUUUGGCUGUGUCAUUGUUUAACUUGGAUAUUUUAUGAUUUUACUUGAAUGUGCCUAAUGGAACCAUUCGAUGUGAAAAACAGUUCUUAAUUUACAGCAAAGUAUUGAAACAACCAUUGAGAAAACACUUUUUUUUGUACCAAAAAUACUUAGUGACCUCAGAUGCACUAUUUUACUUUUAGGAAGUGGCUUUUUUUGAACUUUAUCCAGAAACAGUUGUCCGUUCCAUAAAGUAACUUCAUUGGUAUUUAAAAACAAAUAUUAGUUUUACGUAAUGAUUUGCCUUUUUCUAGGCAUUAUUAGCCAAAUACUUUUUUACCCAAAGUAAUUUUUAGAGAAAACCAUGUAAGGAGAAAUUGUACCAUGAGUUAGGGACAGCUUUGCUUUUCGUGCAAACCUCACUGUACUUCAAGGGUAACAGUGCUUAGCGCUACACCAGAUCAGGUGAACUGUGCUCAUCACUUCUGUCCCCAGACACGUCAGUUCACCCAGACAAGAACGUUUCGGUCUUCAGCCUGUUAGAAUGGAAAAUAAUACAGAUACUUCUGUGGGAAAUAGCGUAACUUCGAGGUACCAAGUAGUGCAAUUGGGUAAAACGGGGCUUACUCAGUUGCAUCUGCCUCCAGGGCGGCGGCGGCAGCUCUGGGUUUUCUUUCGGGCCAGCCCUUUUUUGACGUUGCUUCCAGCAGAGAGAAAUGGGCAUUUGAAUGGCGAUAGGCCAAAACCAUUCUAUCCAGAGAGUACAGUUUUUUAAAAUGCUCAUCUACUGGAAGUGUGAUUUACUUGACAAUGUGUGGCUUAGCUGUAUUCGUGUUUUGUCUGCAGUAGAGGUCAAAUUCACGUUACACCUGUAUUUGGUAUAAGUUCUCUUCCUAUAGGCCAAUGAGUCUUUCAUGCAGUAAGCUUUUUAAAAAACUGGUUUGCACUGGAUUGUCAUCUCAUUCUUACACAAUGUAGAAUUAUUUGUUUACAUCCAACACGUGAUUAGGGAAAACAGUGCAACCUGAUUGUAUGUAGUUUUGGUCCAACUGCAUGUUCACCCUUCCAUUUCAAUUCCAGGUAGAAGUGGCAAAAUUACUUUGAAACUUGGCUUCAGGAGCACAUUUAUUGUACGUUACAGUGUAUGGUGAAUAUAUUAUUAAGUAAUGUGGUACUUUGCCCAUCUGGCAUAAUGUCAAAUCUAAUACAAUUCCAUGAAGUGGUUGAGGGAAACAAGUAAUUGAAGUAUCAGUUUGUUUUCUGGCUCUAAGGUUUUCUCUGGAAGGAAACAUUCUUAGUUUGAAGCAAGAGCCAGAAGUGUGACAGACAUGGUUUUGUUACACAUUCUUGUAUUGUACGUGGCUAAAUUUAUACACAAGAUGUGUCUGUCAUCAGAGGCCCUUACAGAACUGGAAGACGUCUUGUAGUGCUACCUUGGGUGAAACCAAUGGUCCAUUUUUGAUUCUACGAAGAAAAAAUUCUUGAGACCAUCUAGAAAUAAAAAAGGCAGUGAGAAGACAUCCUACAGCACUGCUUUCAUUUAAUUGGGCUUCGGACACUCCAUUCGAAUCCAGAACCUCACCUCUAGUUCACACCAAGAAUUGGCGCUUCUAGGUGAGUUCCCGGCAAAAGAUGGUUAUACCUGAGACCUGCCGGGAGCACCAAGUAAAGAGUUGUUCUCUGCAGUUCACAUCCUUCGCGGAGUACUUGGGAACCUGCAGUGGAAGCAAGGAUCUUCUCGUGCGUAGCACACUGGUGUGGAGAGGCUCCCCUAAUCCUUCAGCUGUUGGAGGUUCAGAAUCAACUCUUGGGAUAAACCCGGCCUGUGUUCUUCUUGGAGUUACCUUGUGUGUCUUAGGUUCCUAAGCAGUGACUUCCCAUUAAUGAGCAGUCUUCAGUAUUAAAACCACUGCCUUGUCACAUUUUGCAUUACUGUCUUCCGUGGAUGUGUCAGUUAACUGUAAUGUUAUUUAUAGAACACCAUUAAUCCAUUAAAGCUAACCUAUUUUUCAAUAUUUAUGAUAAUCUAUGUACAUACAGUGUCUGCCCAUAUGUAUUUGUAAAUAGGUUGUAUAUAAUACCAGGAUUGGGUCUUGGGGUUCCGUGUAUAUAUUCCUGUAAGUUUCUUAGCUGCAUUUCGAUGAACUCACAUUAUAUGUCACAAAAGUACCUGUACAGAGAAUUGAAUAUAAAAUUGACAAAUUAUGUACAAAUACUAAACGUUUAAAAUAUUUGUUACAAAAUUGUAUUUGUAAUAAACUGGUUAGACAUCAAAUUUUUUCACAAAAAACUUGGUGCAAGUUCAAAUCUCUUAUUUAAAUUUUGAAUAAGGUCCAAAUUUUCAAAAUGCAGUAGUUACCAAAAUGUGAUCUUGUGUACUGAAAGACCUUUUCAGAAGCUGGGUGUGUUACCUUGGUGUAUAUAGUGUAAAUACCCCACUGUACCGUUACAGGCCAACAGUUCCCGUGCGGGGAGUGUUGGCCACAAGCUCUACACCGUUUCAAUGAAACAAUGUAUGUUUGUUUUAACUGAACUAAAAUAAAUACGUGCUUAAUCCUGA